AUGCAUCCGUUUCCUUCUCCUGUUGAAUGCACUGUCGCUUCUGCUCUUCUCCUCCUCUCCAACACCACACCCAUCUCUCCUCCUUCAAAUCUUGGUGUUGAUGGAAAGAAGUCUGUGAAAGAGCGAAGUGAUAGAAAGAUAAGCAGUGAAGAAGAGAGCUUGAGCUCGGUGACUAUUGGCUCGAAAUCCUGCGUUUCAUCUCUUACUAGUGAUGUAUCUUCGUUUAAGGAGAUUCGAGCUCACAAGCUACGGAUCGUCGCUAUUGUGUCUCGCUGCCAUGAAAUGAAGCCCGAGGUGGUCUUCAUUUUUUCUCGGUUUAAUCUCAGAGUUGCUGUUCGGCUUCGUUCUGUAGCACGAAGGAAGCGCUCGAAGGUGAACUGGAUCUCGGGUCACCAGAGGACCGUCGCAGUAGCUCCGCCAGAGAAGGCAGUUGAGGCGUCGACGGAGUCAGGUUCGUGUUUGUCAAGCACUCCCAGCGCAGCUUGCGCGCGAAACCACCAUACGAAAAGGAAAGGAUUAAUGAUGAAGCCGGCUCGUGAUGACGAGGAGCCGAAGAGGAUCAGAUCUAGAUCUGGCUCUGGCUCGCGUUACCUUAGCAGCCUAGCCGAAGCAAUAUUGAAGUUGCUGUCUAACGGUUGUUUCGCUGAAAUAAGGAUUCGUCAAGUGCUUGGAGACAGUCCUAGCACAAGCAAAGCUUUGAGAAUGCUGUUAAGGCAAGAAGAAGUGAAAAGAUCUGGCAGAGGAGGGAGGCAUGACCCAUAUAUUUACAAGGUACGCGGUUCUUCUCAUAAAAUCUUUUUACCGCUUCUGACAUUUCAAUGAAGUGAUUAAUUUAUAAAAUUAACACUAAAAAUGUUACUGCCAUGUGUCAUAAUUGUAAUCAGUGACCUCUCCUUUUGCAGAUAGCAUGAAAAAUUAUAUAGGGAGCUUGACCUAGUUAUACUAUAUAACUACAGGUCAUCUUUCUAGGGUUUAUCCGUCCCACCACCAAGGGAAAUUUUGGUCAGCGAAUAUAUAUGAAAGUGAAAUAGGAAAUAUUGGUAUAUGAUUAAUUAGGCUGGUAGCAUAACAUAGAGCAGCAUAAUAGUCUCAUUGCCUUUAGCUGUUGUUUCUGCCCGGAAUUACAUAAAAGAUGUAAAAAAAGGGAACCGAGUGACACCAGCAUUACACCACUAUAUACACUAGGAUGGCGGUGGCGGUGGCGGUGCCUUGCCGUAUACAUUAUAGUUAACUGAACAUUUUCCCUAUAUUGAUAUGUGCUAUUGUUUUUCUUGCUGAGCCUAGAGUUGGGCUUUGGCCAUAUACCUCUUUUGAGAAAGCUUUGUUCAUAUACUUGAAAUUAAUAGACUGAGGAAUAAUUUCAGCUUAAAUUGAAUGCAAGUCAGUAUUAUGCACGAUUGAUAACUGUUGGAGGGGAGCCAUGGCCCAUAUAUAUUCCUUGAAUUGUUGUUAAGGAUGAUUUUGAUGUGAUGAGAAGGAAUGAGCAUGAUGCAAGGAAUAACCGUGGCUCUUUCUUUCUUUAUAAGAAUAAAAAAUAGAUGACACUUCACAUUCUACAAAUUUCAUUUCCUGUCUCUGUGAACUCUUUAUGCUUUCUUUUAAUCAUAUAUCCCAGGAUAGUUCUUUCCCCCCCUAGUCCCUGAUAUUCCUGCGGACACGAUUCUUUAUUGUUUCCUUCUUGCUCACGAGCUGCUCUUUGCUUUCUACCAAUGCAAGCAACUUGAUUAACAGUUGUUGGGCUGUAAUCUUGUGGCCUUUUGUUUAUCUGAAUGGCCAGCUAUGAAAGUUUUUGUUUUAUAUUGUUAGGCUACUUGUUAGAACAAAUUUUUUAUAAAAAUAAUAUAAUAGUAUUUUUUAUAUUU